AUGCUUUGCAAACUUCAGGGAGUGAUUGCAAUUUUGUCAAUUAUUGCAGUAGUACAAGCGACAACAAUCCUUGUUACAGAUGUUGUUUACAUUACUGUACUGAGGUCGGCUAUUUAUAAUGAGUCAGGAAUGUAUUUUACUGAAUAUCUUUUGGGUAAUCCGUUGUCAGCGUCGAUGGAGACAACCACUAGUCAAGUAUCAACGUCAAGUAGUUUCACCAGCAUUGAAGAAAUAACGACUCCAGCCUCCUCAGUAGAGCAGUCUACGGUUAUAACUACCAAAGUAGCCCUUACUUCAGAAGUGGGUAAUCCUAAUGUUGAGAAAGUGGCAACCAGUUCCACCACUCCUAUCGUUCCACCACCGGCUCCAACCACCGUAAUAGUUCCAAAGCUGUCAUCUACUACAAAGUCCAAAGCACAAACCACCACCAUUCCAACCACAGCCGCUGCUCCUGUUUACUCAAGCCCAAAGACUCCAACUCCUGACUCCUCAUUUGCCAGUGAAAUAUUAAGUGCCCACAAUGCCAAACGUGCUGCUCAUGGUGUCGCCCCGUUAGCAUGGAGCCAAGAGCUCAACAAUUAUGCACAGAAAGUAGCCAAUGCGUACGACUGCUCGGGGAAUUUAAAGCACACCAAUUCACCUUAUGGAGAGAAUUUAGGAGUUGGAUAUAGUUCAGCCCAGUCGGUGGUCAAUGCAUGGUAUAUCGAAGGAGCAAACUACAAUUACCAAACAGCCACCAAAUUUGAUCAUUUCACUCAAGUAAUAUGGAAGUCGACUACCCAGUUGGGGUGCGCCUACAAAGAUUGCAGUUCUAAAGGAUGGGGGAAAUACGUAAUCUGCAAUUACAAACAAGUGGGUAAUGUAAAGGGGCAAGGUCGACAGAAUGUGCUUCCAUUGGUCUAG